GCCGCCCUCGGCUUCCAUACAGUCACGAAGAGUAAUUUCUACUCUGUUCAUCACACACAACUGCACCAUUGAUUAUUAUUAUUAUUAUUUUCUCUCUCCUUCUUUUUCAUCUCGUUGUUGUUUCCUGGCGAUGGCGGCGCAGGAUCUUCUUGGCCCCAACGCCGGGAACUCGUUUAUGCGGAAGGCGCGCGUGACCUACCAGCGCUACCUCGACGCCUCCGUGCCGCACCGCGCGAUGCGCUGGAGCUUCUUUGCCUUUUUAGCAAUUUUGUACGUUGCCCGCGUGGUGACCUUCGGCGGCUUUUACGUGAUUACCUACGGUCUGUGUAUUCACCUGCUCUACCUGCUGCUGCUGCUCAUCACGCCCCUGUCGGAGCCGGAGGAGGAAGACGGCACCGCGCUGCCGACGACGCAGUCGGAGGGGGAGGAGUACCGGCCGUUUAUGCCCAAGGUGCAGGAGUUCGUGGUGUGGAAGAAGAUGUUCACCGUGCUGGCGGUGUGUUUGUUCUUGACGAUGUUCAGCUUCCUCGAUAUCCCCGUAUUCUGGCCCAUUUUGGUGCUGUACUUUCUAAUUCUGUUUGCCACGCAGAUGGGCGGCCGUGUGAAGCACAUGGUGAAGCACGGCUACGUGCCGUGGAACGCAGGGAAGCCGAAGUUUGUGCCCAAGAGCACCUCGUAA